AUGUCUUCAGGACCAAGCUCUACACCUUCAGGCAUAGUCACUACUGAAGCGAACGAACGCCUCAUUCCCUCUAGUCGCCGAGCCGACGGCUCAGUACGCAGAGAACGUCGAGUCCGCGCCGGUUACGUACCACAAGAAGACGUCCAGAAUCUAGAGGCUUUGAAUUUAGUUGAGGGCGAUGAUGGACAACCGAGUGGCGAGACUUUAACAAACAAGCCACAAACAGAAAUUGAAACAGCGAGAAAGAUCAGGACAUUAGAAAAGAAGCUUAAACAGGCUGAUAAACUUAAAGAAAAGGCUGAUCUUGGUGAAACUUUGUUGCCUGAACAGCAGGAAAAAGUUAACAGGUCGGAUUCAUGGAGAGAGGAACUUGAUGCGUUGAAGAAAUUAAACAAUAAUUAG